AUGAAUCGAAAAGCGAGGGGCAAAAAAUCAUCGAGUUCGAUUGUCGAGGGCUGGAGUUUACGGAGUUUAAGGCUGAUUGUCGAUCUUAGCGAUGGGGAGUGGUAUGAUUAUGAUGAGAAGGCAGGUGAGGAGUUCGUACCUUUAAACCCGCGGCCUAUGCUGCAAUCUCUUGUCAACGAGGAUAUCAUCGUGCACCUGAAAUGGGGCCAGACAGAGUACAAGGGCCAGCUCGUCAGCGUUGAUUCAUAUAUGAAUAUCCAGUUGUCGAAUACGGAGGAAUUCAUUGACGGGAAGAGCACGGGUAGUUUGGGGCAGGUUUUGAUACGGUGUAAUAAUGUCCUCUGGAUAUCGGCCGCGAAAGGCGUGGAGAUGAAAGACGUCCAGAUGAGCGAAGGAUAA